UGGCCUCACGCAACCUCAGCAAGGCACCCAGCGCCAUUCAGCGCCUGCCGCGGGCAGCCAGCCCCGCUUGCCUCGGGCCACUUCCCGGCUAGCAGCACACCAAGGGGGCAGCCUGGCUGACGGCGGGCUGGAGCAGCCAGCGCUCCCCCGUGCAGGGGCUGUGCACAAACUGAGCUGCAGGGGCCCAGCGACCCGCUGAUGACACAGGGACGCUAGAAACACGGGCUGGCCACGACCCCACCCUCGGGCGGCGGCUGCCGCAGAGCCCGAACGCCGCAUCGCAGCCAGCAGCGCCCCUCCCCUCAGCCGGCUCUUUUUUACGGUCGUUCGGCGGGCGGGGGAAUGGUGGGCGGGCAGGCUGCAGGAGCGCGGUCCGCGGCCCCGCCCCGAUUGCCGUCGCUCCCCCCCCACACUUACCGUUUGACAACGGACCACAUUUCCCAUCAUGCUCCGCGCCGCUCCACCAAUAGCGAGGGAGCUUCUUUGCCGGCUGCGGCAGGAACGGACCAGUCGUUGCGUGCCCUGUUGCUGGGCGCCGGGGGGGCCAAUCAGAGAGCGGCCUUGGUGGUGGCGGCGGGAGGGCGGUUACGAUUCAAACGCUGGCGGGAAAAUUACUCAGUCCAUAAUAAGGACUUACUCCUGGAUGCGCCUGGGGAGAAGGUGACUAUAAGCACUAUGUCCCAGAUAAAAACAGAAGAUGAACUGAUCCUUUUUGAAAAAGAGAUCAAAGAAUUUUGGACGAAAUUCAAAAGCAUUUGUGGUAGUGAACACAUCAACCAGACUUUGGGACUAAGAGAAUCAUGCAAGGAGUCCAUAAAAGCACUUUCAGAGAAGUGGUCCAAGAAGUUAAAAGAAGGGGAUCUAAUGAUUGACAAAAUUCUGGAGUACAGAAAUGAGAUCCUCCAGCAGAACAUAUCCAUUGAAGAAAAGCAAAAAGACUUAACUGAAAUGAAUUCCAAAAUAAAGCAUGAAGAAGAACAAAAGAGAGACUUUAUUGAUCGCAUCCAAGAGCUCAAGGAAGAGUUGACAAGAAAAAAGGAAAUUAUAUCUGCUAAAAACAAGGCCACCAAAGAGCGGCUGGAAAGACUGAGUAAGUCUAAAGAACUGUUUGAAGAGCGGCUGGGGCUAGAAAUACGCAGAAUUUAUGAUGAACAGUUGCAGUUUAUAUUUCGAUGUAUUGACCACAAAGAUCCUGACAAGCCAUACACGUUUACUCUCUCUAUAAAUGAACAGGGAGACUAUGAAGUGACAAGCAGCUCUCCUCCUCUGGACUGUAUAGCAGAACUCCAGCUAAAAGUGAGAGAAACCAACAACUUUGCUGCAUUUGUUGCCAACAUCAGAAAAGCUUUUACAGCUUUGUCUUAUAAGUAAUCUGCAACUAUAUGUAAAACUGGCUUCAUACCUCUCUUCCUGUCUCUAUGUGCAUUCCCUGCUCUUCCUUUUUGUAUUAACAUAACAGUGGAGUGAAAGGAAAUAUUAAAUGUAUGUUUUUAAUAUUCCAUUUUCUAAAUAAAGAAAAAUGGUGAAA